AUGACAACAAAGGAAGAUGACAACAAUAAUGGUCUGGUCAAAUUGGCUGAUAGAUUACGUAAUACUCUCGCCAUAGAAAGACAACUUGCUAAAGAAGAAUUAGGCAUUUACAAUAAACCUCAUCUCGACGAAACUCCUCUCACAAGAAGAAGAACGAGCGUUGUCAAGGAUAAGUUACGUACUGAGGACACUCCCAGAAGACGUACCUUAUCAAAUGGUGCUUCUAUCUUACCUCAACCUCAACGUGCACCUGAGUCUAAUUAUAUGAAAACCACAAAGGCUGCUGAUCAACAGAGAAGACAUUCGACUGCAAACACAACAGUUAAUAGAUUAUCAUCUGCCUCUCCAAGGAAAACCAGCAAUCUUUCGAGAGGUGAUACUACAUCUCCAUCCAUCACCAGCGAAGAUGAGAAACCAAAUUCAGCAUUAAAGAGAAGAUCUAUUUUAGCUGCAGCUACUGUCAAGGCACGCCAACAAUUAGAUUUAGCCAACAGCAGUAGCAGUAGUGAUGAACCUACCGUCACCAGACUUCGAAAGAAAUCCAUCGUGAAUGAAAAUCCUAUAGACUCAAUACUCGCCAACAGAAGGAUGUCUAGGACUGAAAAUCUCAAGGAUGGAUUGCCUACUUCUCCAACCAUCGCCGCUGCAAGAAUGGCCAGAAGAAAGAGCACCGCCAAUUCUCCCAGUGAAGAGCAAACUGCUGCUAGAAUGGCAAGAAGGAAGAGUACAAAGAAACCAACCGUGAGAAAGCGUGGUAAGACAUUACCUGGUAGUCUAGCCAAAGCACCUACUGUUCAGUCCUUACAAUUACCUCCUAUGAAGCUUGAACCUAUAAGAAUAACUAUUCCUCAACAAAAGCGACUGGCACCUAAAUCACCUUCUAAAAGGUUAUCCAUCUCUUCAUCUUCUGCCAACACCACACCUAUACCAAUCAGUUCCUCUUCCUCUUCCUCGGCCGAAGCACCUACAACCAUCGUUACACCACCCAAGAAAUCGAUUUCAACAAGAAGAGCUAAAGGACAGAGUCAUUUAGGCAUUUCUACCAGUCGACGACCUUCCUUGAAGACUCCUACCAGUGCUCAGGUUGUCACACCGCCAUUAAAAAAUUCUCCAGUGACCAUUCCUUCUCCACGUGUGCGACCCACUCCCACACGUCGCUCCAGUUUAGCUGUACCUUCCACAAAGAAAACACCAGUGACUGAUGAUCGUAAAUUAAGUGUGUCGGGUUAUUCCAACGGCAGCAGAAAGAAUUCAGUAGAGGAAACGAUUGAAAAGGACAAAGGUAGUCGACAUAGAGCUAUCAGCUUGAAGGAAAAAUUAGAAGCGAUGGUGGCACAACAUACGAUUGUUGGAGAUACAACCACACCUUCUGAAUAUCGACCUAGAAAAAAGAGUCAUGAGGACGAUAAAUAUUUACAACUUGUGUCAGCCGAAGAAAGAGCAAGACCUCAACGUAUCAAGGACUCAUUAUUAAUGUGGGAUAAAGAGAUGGUGGAAGCAUUUAGCCCCGGCGUGCCUAAAUCACCCCAGAUUGCCAUCAAAUUCUACGGCCAUCAUCUGAGUCCAUAUGAGCAAAAUGAAAUCAAUAAUUAUCCCGAAGUCUAUUUUGUGGGUCAUCAAUCCAAGAAAUAUCAAGCUAUGCCCGAUAAUCCUGCACUUAAUUACGGUUAUGAUGAUGAACGUGGAGAUUAUAAGAGUGUGACAAAUGAUCAUUUGGCGUACAGAUACGAAAUCCUAGAGGAGUUGGGCAGAGGUUCUUUUGGCCAAGUUGUCAAGUGUUAUGAUCAUAAAACUGCAUCUACCGUUGCUGUCAAAUUGAUUCGAAAUAAGAAACGAUUUUAUGCUCAAGCAAGGACAGAAGUGAAGAUUCUGGGUGAUUUAGUGAAAUGGGAUCCAGAGGAUAGACAUCAUAAUGUCAAAAUGACUGAUAACUUUUAUUUCCGAAACCAUCUGUGUAUUGCCUGUGAAUGUCUCAGCAUGAAUCUCUAUGAAUUUAUCAAGAUUAAUAACUUUCAAGGAUUCCAUAUCACUUUAAUCAAAAGAUUUACUGUACAAUUACUACGAUCACUAUCGUUAUUAAAUAGACAUGGCGUAGUGCAUUGUGAUUUAAAACCUGAGAAUAUUCUGCUCAAACAUCCCACAAAAAGCACAAUCAAAGUUAUCGAUUUCGGCAGUAGUUGUUUGGAAAGCCAAAGAGUGUAUACGUAUAUUCAAAGUCGAUUCUAUCGAUCACCCGAGAUUAUCUUGGGUCUUGAUUACACGAUGGCUAUCGAUAUGUGGAGUUUGGGUUGUAUUAUUGCAGAAUUAUAUACGGGUGUACCUAUUUUCCCCGGAGAAAAUGAACAAGAACAGCUUGCCUGUAUUAUGGAAGUACUGGGUGUGCCUGAGCCCGCAUUAGUGCAACAAAGCGAAAGGAGAAACUUAUUCUUUGAAUGGGAUCCCGCAAAACGGUUAAACCCCGAAAAGGCAUUCCAGCAUGAAUGGAUCCAACAAUCCACACGACCCACAGCUGUAAGGCCUGCAGAAGAAGACCAUCACGACCCUCAAACUCAGUCACCGAAACCCACUGCAACUCUAAAUGAUACCAAUAAUUAUGCAUAA